AUGGCAACCAGUACUCCAGUUAACAUCCCCUCUAAAAUGAAGGCCUGGGUUUAUGGCCAAUAUGGGACACCCGAAGAUGUCCUUAAAUUGGGAUCCGAGGCUGAUGUUCCUGACCUAAAUGAUGACCAGGUUUUGAUCAAAGUAGUUGCUGCAUCACUGAAUCCAAUCGACUUCAAACACAUGCAUGGUUAUUUCAAGGCCAUUGAUUCUCCACCCCAUCCUUGUACUGUUUCUGGAUAUGAUGUUGCGGCUGUGGUAGUUAGAGUUGGAAGCAAAGUGAAGGAAGUCAAGGUCGGGGAUGAAGUAUACGGAUACAUUCACGAGCACGCUUUGUACCCAAUGGGAUGUGGGUCACUGGCGGAGUACACUGCAGUGAAGGAGAAGGUACUAGCUUUGAAGCCAAAGAAUUUGAGUUUUGCAGAGGCAGCAAGCCUUCCUGUUGCUGUUGAAACAGCGCAUGGGUGCCUUGAAAGCGCUGGGCUUUCAGCUGGUAAAUCACUUUUUGUUCUGGGUGGUGCCGGUGGAGUUGGAUCUUUUAUCAUUUAG